UUUUCCCGAGUCCUUGUCAACAAACUUCGAAAAGCGGCUUCUCGCUUGCGCUGCCAUCAGCAUCCUGCAGGAGGAGUAAAAGUGCACACGUGGAAUGUUGCCGCAGCCUUGAUGGAAUAGACUUUCAGCCAAUCAAAAACCUGAUGAGUGACGUGUUUCACGGCUUGUAGACCAAUGGGUGCAUUUCAGGGAAUGUUUUCCCAAAAGUGGAGGAAAAAAAAGUCUUCUUCAAUCUGCUCUUACAAAACGGAUUGUAGCCUACAGCUGUUGCGUACAGAUGCUGGUCUUCCUUUGAUGCGCACUGAAAAGAUGCUGUGUCUACGAAAGGAAGAGAGGUUACUUUUACAGUUACGCUUACAGUAACUGGAAACUUGAAGAAAGGGAAAAAGGCCCUUCUGGUGGAGAAACGACAAGGGUGACUGUUACCAUGGGGAGCUUCAAGGGCCACAUCCUGCCGGGGAGCUUCUUCCUGAUCGCAGGCCUGUGGUGGGCUGGCAAAUACUCACUCUGGUACGCCACCCGCAGGAACAAGAGCGCCGGUGCAGGACGUCUGGCCACCCGAGCAAUGCAGCGCCGCAUGGAGAUCCUAGAGGGCGCUGUGGUGCUCUCCUUCUCUCUGAUUGGUAUCCUGGCGGAGCAGUUUGUGGCCAGCGGGCCGAGGUUCCACCUGUUUGACCCUACGCAGCAGCAGUGGGCCCAGCUGAUGAUCUGGCAGCACUCCACGAUGUACCUGUUCUUCGCCCUGUCCGGCGCCACCACCCUCGCCAUCCACGUGACCGACGUCGCGCCGCUCGCUCUGGACCGGCUCAUGCUCGCCAUCGCCUUCUUCAACGAGGGCUUCCUGUUCAUGUACCACCUGCAUGGGCGGGACAUGCUGGACGUGCACGUGCAUCAGCUGCUGCUCUACGCCGUCUUCGCUGGCGCGCUGACCGCUUUCCUGGAGAUGUUCCACCGCGGCAACGUGCUCCUCGAGCUGCUGCACACCACCACGUGUCUGCUGCAGGGGAGCUGGUUCUGGCAGAUCGGCUUUGUGCUGUACCCUCCUAGCGAGGUCAAGUGGGACCUGAAGGACCACAACAACGUGAUGUUCAUCACCAUGUGCUACUGUUGGCACCUGGCCUGUGCCAUCAUCACCGUUUCUGUGAUCUACUGCACGGUCUGCUGUGUGGUACGCACCAAGCUGAGGAGAAUGCCCCCCAUGGAGAUGGGUCUGCUCAAACCCAGAGACACAGGGGGGGAGUCUGAAGACGAGGUUUUGUGAGAACCUCCUGUCCGUUCCCCUCCAAAGACAACAGACCCUCUAUUUCGACCCUGCAGAACUGAUACCUCAAUGUUACAGGGAACAGCAGCAAAGUCUGCCAUCAAUCUACAGCACUGAAUGGCCUUACAGGUUUUCUAGAGUGGAAAUGUCCGAAUGCUAAUUGGUGCUAGUGCUAACUGUUUUCGAUGUCAAACCAUGAUGUUUAAAUUUGCCGGCUUGAACCACAUGCUCACAGAGCUGCCAAGGAAUGAGAAAAUAGUCAUGGAAUUCAUAUGCUUACUGAACAAAGUCGCCUGUACAUCUUGACAGACUUCAUUAAAAUAGACUCGCUUGGACGCUCCUGUCACCAGAAAAUAAGAAUUAUCAAAGUGCUAAGCAGGGAACGCCCAGACACAUGGGUAUAUGUGCCAGCCUACUUCCCAUGUGUAUAGGGAUCAUAUGGAUGGCUAGUAUUAGAUGACAGGAGGUGUUAGCAUCACCCCGGCAACAAGGAAGUCUGGACCUGUCCUGUAAAGAACCCAAAACAAACUUUUUCCAGGUACUGAAGGGAAUGGAGACAAAAAGGAUCCAAAUAUAAACUUGAGAAAUUGAACUUGAAUUGUUUUGUUAUAUCACACAACUAGUAACUUAAUAGUCAGUGAUUUGACAGGAACACCACACAUUGAAAACUCCAUAUGAAGGUACGGUUUGCAGAGCUGUCUGGGGUUCAGUCUUUGGCCGAAUCCCUCCACUCAGUAUUGUAUAUUAAGAUGAUCAGACGGAACCGCCCAAAGUUAAAUAGUGAUACACUUAUGACUGAGGCACUUUCAUCCUCAAAUCAACACUGUCCAGAAAAAUAUGUUUUUUGUUUGUAUGUUGUUUUUUUUAAAUAUUUUUUUUAUUAUGUAAAAAAAUCCCAUUUUUAUCAUGAUGCAGAUGCACUGUAUUUUAAAUUGAACUGCGAAGUGUUUAAAGUACCUUGUUGCUUCUGAGUAUUUAUUGUGUCCUUAAAUAAAUGUGUCUAAUUGUCUUUGAUAUAACGGUAGCCUAUAUAACAUGUUCAUUCGGAAUAUUAAUAAAACAAAAUUUGCUUGCA